AUGGGCCUUACAACCCACGUCACCGUGCCCAUCUAUGCAGUCUACAUCGUGCUGGCUGCUAUGCUUUCGGCCGUCACGCUUGUGGCUGCCGUCUUCUACAAGACUCGCAAGCCUAUCGACCUCGACCAGCUAGAUUGCGAGCAACAGGCCAAGCUGUUCAGCCCACAAAUGCUGGCUCCGCAGCUUAUUCUCGAUACAUGUCCUCGACCGGUACAACCUCUUUCGCUGAAACACAAACUGACGCCAUGGAAGAGCGCUGUAAGUUUACAAUGUACGUCAAUGAAGUAG